AUGGCUAUAUAUCAUCAGCAUCAUCAACCGACAAAUUUAAUCCAAAAUCCGGCUCAACAACCUCAUCGUUGGUCUGCUCAUUAUCCGGAGUCUUGCAUGUCCAGAAAACCGGAGUUGCAUGCAGUAAAUCAAAGGAAUAACUCAGUAUCAGUACCUAGUACCCGAAUGCCAACGUUCGGAUUCCCGUGGAGUUUACCGACAGCGAACAGCACGACGUUUUCAUCAUUGCCAACAAUUCCAAACGUACCAUCUUCCGUGUUCCCAACACCGAACUUCUCGUUGGAACAACUAACCUCGACGGAUGGUAUGCAGUAUUUGGGUUUCUCUGAACGUUUACCAUCCACUACUGUCGUACCGCAAUUUGCACUUUAUACAUAUUUAAACAUGCACACUGACUCGCGAUUCGAUUUGAUAGCUAACCCUUGCGACAGCAAUGGCGACCCAAAAUUUUCUGUACGGCUCCGAUCGCAGCAGACGCGACGAAAGCCUCGCAUUUUAUUUACCCAAUCUCAGGUGAGUGAGCUGGAAGAGCGUUUCAAAUUGCAGCGAUACGUGAAUGCAGCAGAACGAGAACGACUGGCAGUGACAUUGGGACUUACUCCCACACAAGUCAAAAUUUGGUUCCAAAAUCGACGCUACAAAUGUAAACGGAUGGAACUGGACCGGACGUUACAAUUUUCAUCCCAUUUAAUUCUAAGUCACAGUUCGUCCGCUUUUAUACGUUCAGUACAGUCAACUGUGCUCUGA